UCAUGGGAAAUGAAAUAACAACCCUCGUCUUGUUGGUUACCGUAACGAGAAAUAUGUGAUGCAAUUUGGAUCAAAAACCACGCACUUUCGGGAUGUAAAACGACAUCCUUUUGUUGAAAGUAAUAUUAAUUGAUAUUUCUGGUUGUCCCAUUGUGAUAUUUGUAAAACGCACCGAGUGUACUUCCUGAAAUGGGAGAUGCUUUGCAAGAUAUGUUUUCGUUUCUUGGGAGGCAUCAUACACACUAUUUCAACGGCAGGCGAAGAUCAAUUAUUAAAUAUUCCUACAGCAUGUCUGUUAAACACAGAUGAAUAAGUACGAAGUCCUUGGAAUUGUAGGCGAAGGAGCCUAUGGAGUGGUUUUGAGAUGCAGACACAAGGAAACAAAUGAAAUUGUGGCCGUUAAGAAAUUCAAAGACAGUGAAGAAAAUGAAGAUGUCAAGAGAACCACACUGAGGGAAUUAAAAGUUCUUCGCAUGUUGAAGCAAGAAAACAUUGUAGAACUACGGGAAGCAUUUCGCAGAAGGGGAAAACUGUAUUUGGUUUUUGAAUAUGUUGAGAGAAACAUGCUUGAGUUACUAGAGGAAAUGCCCAAUGGAGUUCCCUCAAAUCAAGUCAGAAACUAUGUUUUUCAGCUCAUUAAAGCCAUCAAAUGGUGCCAUCAGAAUGACGUCAUUCAUCGAGAUAUUAAACCAGAAAAUUUGCUUAUUAGUAAGAAUGGGGUUCUUAAACUGUGUGACUUUGGUUUUGCCCGAGCCAUGACUGUUAAUGGCAGCGGACAGUUCACAGAUUAUGUUGCAACUCGGUGGUAUAGAUCACCAGAAUUGCUCUUAGGGGCUUCUUAUGGUAAACCAGUUGAUAUCUGGGCCAUUGGCUGCAUUCUGGGAGAACUGAGUGAUGGCCAGCCUGUCUUUCCAGGAGAAAGUGAAAUAGACCAGCUGUUUACAAUUCAAAAGGUUUUGGGUCAGCUUCCACCAGAUCAGAUGGAAAUGUUUUAUAACAAUCCCAGAUUCAAAGGACUUAAGUUUCCAACAACAAUUAUCCCUCAGACAUUAGGAAGGAAAUAUGCGGGAGUCAUUAAUGGAAUCAUGCUGAGCUUUAUGCAAGCAACAUUACAGUUGGAUCCAAAAGACAGAUUUACCAUAAAUGAUGCUUACAAUCACCCAGCAUUUCAACUAGAAAGGGAUGAGUUUGAAAAAACUGGGAAAGAGAAAAGUGCAGAUCUCAAACAGGGUGCAAAGAAAGCUGAAAUUCCAACCAAAUCAAGAUAUUUUUCACAUAAGGGAUCAUCGUCACAGGGUAUCAAGGCUGGGGAGAGCAUGCAAGAGUUAAAAACACAAGACAUUAAACCUAAUUCACAUCAGAAUCCAUCACUCGGAAAAGAUUUUAGCGUGGAGAAAAAGCUCGUCAUGCAGCAGAUGACUGCUAAAGAAAGGCCGAAGGACAGUAACCAACAGGAGGAUUCUACGGACAAAAAUAGAACUUCAGAAACUGAAAACUCCGAGAAGUCCGAAAGUUGUGCAACAGCGCCAAGCGUUGAAAUUUCAAAGGAAUCAGGGAAUCCCCCUUCAGCAGUGAAACAAACUGUUUACAGCUCUGUAGAAAUUAAACCUCUUAAUUCUAAUUUAACUGGAGUAAGAGCAACAACUUCUCAAACUGGGGAAAAAAAUAAUCUCGCUCAAAGCGAUAAGACUAGUGUUACGGAAGAUGGAAGAGCAAUGGCAAAGACCAGCAGUGGUGCCAGCACCAGCCAUCUCAUGGCUGCAAAUUACAGCUUCUUCCCUCCAGAUAAUGAGGAGUCUGAGCUUGAUCACUCAAAGAAUUCCAAGGAGGCAAGAUUUUGGUGGUGAGGAAAACCAACCAAGAAACUCUCUAGGACAAGAGAAAAGAGAUAAAAAGAAAAAGAAGAAAAAAGUGCAACAGGUGGUCAGCUUACCGGUGCAAUCAAAGCAAAUUCAUCACCUGGAAUCACAGGGUGAAUUAAGUAAAAUGGCGGACUGGAGCAGAAGUGCCGAUGUACAGUCCUUCGAUAUGCGUCCUCACAAAGCCUUAGGGAAACUAAACUCUACUGACAAGGUUGUAACACACCUUGGGCCUCUUACAAUCAGCUCAUCUCACAAACCUCUUGGAGAAGUUCGCCUUCAGCCUCUUCAACACAAGAACUUAGCUCAUUUGACACACAACACUUACCCGACGCGCAAACCACCUGCUAAGCGCGAAAGCCCUGAUUCUCAACCCUUGGGAUCUCUGUCGCCUUGGAUGGGACAAUCUGCGUUCUCUCUACAAGGUCACUCACACAAACACACAUUAUCAGAGCCAGGGAACUUUACCUUUCCUGACCGACCAGUCAGCCCCUCAACGGAACAUUUGGCACCUUUACCAAGAAAAGCGUCGCGACCUCCUUCUGAAAACGAGGCGGCAAUUGAGGAUCGAGACAUGAAGCUGGGUACUCCCUUCAAUGGACUGAAACCGCUGACACCCCCAAAGGAGCACUUAAGCAAGUCCGGAGGUCGCGUCCCGGAUUUAAACAAACUGGAAGAAACACCCUUAUAGCACAACCCUGCGCAGUUCAUGAAGAUAUUUUUCCUUUGAAUCUUUUUUAUACUGCAGUCGUUAAUGUGUAUGUUGUGGCUCAAUGUUACCAUUGCUCGAAACUUGGGUUUGAAACAAAAACUAAAUCAAAGACAUUUUCAUGCAGCGAUAAAAUUAAACCACGAUAUUUAAACGUGAUAGAGCAGUUUUCAGUUGAAGGCCCAAAAACCAAAGCAAUCCCAGUGACCAAUCAGAACAAAAGUUAACGUCAUCAUUAGCCAAUGAGAACACAAAGUGAAACAAGCAAACUGCCUGCAGCGCGGGAAAACGCGAACGACCAAAUCUCAGUGACCAAUCAGAUUAGAGGUUUACAUUCUCAUUAGCCAAUGAGAAGUCGACGUGAAAACAUGCAAACUGCUUGAAACGCGGGAAAACGCGAAUGACCAAGUUGUGAAUGUUUUUAGUUUUGCAUCUGAUUGCUUGAGAAGAUCGCACGAGUCUUUUGGACCAAUCACAGAGCGAAGUUAAGUAAAAUCGAAGCGAUCCCGUAUUACUAUCAACAGUCAAUUGAAAACUGCGCUAUCUUAGAUGAUUUGGUACUAUCCAGCUGUAGUUUUCUUGCAGAAAUCAGCCGCACCGUCUGUAAGUUUUAGUCAAACACCUAAGUCAUUUUCUUCUCAGUUGUGUUUAAGCUUGUUUAGGCCAAACAUAAUGCGAUUAAAAUCAUAUUUCAAGUUACGUUUUUCAUAUGGUUUGAUGAUAUCUAUGAGACACAUCCCUCGUUGUCACUGCUGAAAUUUUCCUUGUCUAAGUCACUUAAAAUUUCGAAGUCGUACUUUUUGCUCCAACGUACUUCAUCCAGAGUUCUUAUCACGUCUUUUUUAACAUGGUAUUUAUUAUGAAACAUUUACUUUUCAGAUCGUGGUUUGAAAGCGGUUCAAACUUUUUUAGAGAGAAAAUGUUUAUCUAGAAAUUGUUGGCUAAACGUCAGUUGUUUUUAACUGAGAUGAGAUUGUGAUAUGUUGUUCACGCAUGCAAGUUUGUGUGAGUGGCCCACAACUUUAGGUUCAUCCCUACUUAGUGGAGUAUUGAAGUUAGUGAAAGAGCACUAGUGGAAAAUUACUUGCAGUUGUGAACAGCAAUCAAGCGGAGAAGCACUGGGGCGAUUGUAGAUAGAAAGCGACAGGACAAGCAGCGAAAUGUCCCGGGAAGCUUCUCCGUAAAUAGCAGGAUAUUUGUAGAUACAUGCACUUAGAAACCUUCACUAAGAUGUAUUUUAAUACGGCUUUCGUUGUUUCUUAGUAGCAAAUAGCUUUUUUAUUGUGCGACCGAUUUUCCUUGAAGGAAACCUUACGCCGUGCUUUAUAUACUAAGUAUGUAUAUAGUUUUUAUGGUCGCUCCAUGUGGUAUGCAUAAGUUAUUUGGUGUAAACUCCUUUUGUAGCAGUCACUGUUUCUUAAGUGAAAAAAUAAAUUAUUGCAGAAAUUGAGGCUA